AUGGUACAUUGGAAAGUUUGCAAGAAACACCAUUUGCUUGCAAACAGAGACCACACCAUAGGUCGGAGGUUUGGCCGCGUGUGGGAGCUGGUGAGCGCAGAGCCGGCCAGCCGCCUGUGCUUCGAGUGCGGGCAGCGCGGCGUCACCUAUGUGGACAUCACCAUCGGCAGCUUUGUCUGCACCGCCUGCUCGGGCGCCCUCCGUGGCCUGAAUCCCCCUCACCGGGUGAAGUCCAUCUCCAUGACCACCUUCACGGAGGGCGAGGUCCAGUUCCUCCAGUCCCGUGGAAACGAAGCCUGCCGGAAGAUCUGGUUGGGGUCUUUCGACUCGCGGUCGUCUCUGCUGCCGGAUUCUCUGGACCCUCAGAAAGUGAAGGAGUUCCUGCAGGAGAAAUACGAGAAGGAGACCACAUCAUAG